AUGGUGUUAGCUGAAAGAAGUAACGAUGUUCGUAACGGGAAGCGUUCGAGAGGCCCAAGCCCAAAUGGGCAUGGAAGUCCUGAUUCAAGUUCAGAGGAUGAAAACGUAGUGCCAUUUGCAGCCGAGAAAAUAAGAGUCGGUCGCGACUAUCAGGCGAUUUGCCCAGAGUUGGUUCCAGAGGAAACCAGAAAGCCAGAUGCGCUAGCAGAAAGAGCACUACUUGUUUGGUCACCUACGGCUGAUAUAUCUGAUACUAAAUUGGAUGAGUACAUAACAACAGCAAAGGAAAAAUAUGGAUAUAAUGGUGAACAAGCUUUGGGUAUGCUUUUUUGGCACAAACAUGAUCUCAACCGGGCGUCCAUGGACUUGGCAAACUUCACACCAUUCCCCGAUGAGUGGACGGUCGAAGAUAAGGUGUUGUUUGAACAGGCAUUCCAGUUCCACGGCAAGAGCUUUCACAGGAUACGUCAAAUGCUGCCAGAUAAAUCCAUAGCAUCUCUGGUCAAAUAUUAUUACUCCUGGAAGAAAACGAGAGCUACAACUUCCCUUAUGGAUGUGGUCAGUGAUGGUCGUAAUGCAACUGCAUCAGGUACUGCCAAGAAAGAUUCAUCAGCCGGCUCUGAACCUGGCGGCUCUGACAAGGAAUCAGAUAAUGAUGAAAAGGGCGACGGUGGCGACAGUGCCGGCAAAUGGUGCACUGUGUGCGGAAUUCUGUGCUCCCAGACAACGCCGCACAACUCGCAGAAACUUUGCCAGGCAUGCCUCGCGCACGCCAGACGCACGGGCACUAUGAGACCGCUGUGCGGGCCGUCGGGGCGGCGCGGGCCCGGUUCUAAACAAGUCCGUUACAAGCAUCGCUUACCGAGGGGCAUAUACAUCAAUCACGAUGAUCUCGUUGCCAUGGCGACCGGCCCGCAACCCGGGGACGCGCCCCAACCAGGACUCGUUAACCAGGGCGAGGCAAUGCUCAAAGCGAUGGACAGGGAAAUUAUAUCACUCAAGCGACAAGUGCAACAGAACAAGCAGCAGCUCAGCGCUAUGAAACGUAAAGUGGGAGAUGCAGGUGUUGAAGAGUACAGGCCUGGAGAGCCGCCGGCCAAAAUCAAUUCUCGCUGGACCAACGAAGAAUUACUUAUGGCGGUCACCGCUGUACGAAAAUAUGGUAAGGAUUUCCAAGCAAUCGCCGAAACGUUAGGCACAAAGACGGAAGCGCAUGUCCGAACAUUCUUCAUUUCGUAUCGGAGGCGGUAUAACCUGGAUGCGGUGUUGCGAGAACACGAGGCCGACCGCGGUAACGCCAACCAUAUACAAGCUGGCACGACUGGCACAGACGCAGCAGAGAACAAUGAAGAAAGCAACAAUGCCAACAAUGGCACUGGUGGUUCUCCUAAGGGCACCGCCAGUAAAGAUGAGAAGACCGAAGUAGACAGUGAGGGCGUGUCUAUCGGGGCCUCUGCUGAACAGGGCGGAGCACCUACCACCCCGCCCAAACAGAAGACUUCCAAGUGA